AAUCGAGAAAUGUCCGCUGUAGAUUCUUCAUGUUGAGACACCUUAGUUGGAUAUGGAGAAACAGUUGAUCAUUUUUAAAGAUAAAGACUUUAAAAAGAUCGAUAUAUUUCUAGCUUUGCUUGUCUGAUGCUAGACUUAAUGUCCAGUCUUAAACUGAUUCUUUGGCUCGAUUCAAUGAAGACUAUUUUACAGGAUUAUUUAUCCAUGUAUUGUUUUAGUGUUUUUGUAUCAAAAGUGCUCUGUUUAAUCGACGAUUUGGAUAAGUGGUUUGAAGACCGUUUUGUUCUCUCCAUUGAAUAUUCAAAGAUGAAGGAGUUUCAUUUAGUUGUUGUUCUUCUUCUAAUUAGCCUGGUAGAAUCGGAUAGGACUAAACCAAGAAUUGCUAUCGUUGGGGCAGGAGUAGGGGGUUCUUCUGUAGCCUACCAUCUUUCCCAGGAGAUUCCAGGGGCUUCAGUCACGGUAUUUGAGAAGGGGAGGAUCGGAGGCCGUGUAACUACAUUAGAGGUGGAUGGGCGGGAAUACGAGGUCGGGGGGUGCAUCAUUCAUCCAGCCAACAGACUUAUGUUAGAACACCUAGACCGAUGUCAGCUGGUGAAAGCAAGCGGGGAAGAGACCAGUAGUUUAAGUAUUAUACGCAAUGGAGAAAUUAUUUAUCAACAAGAUAACAGCUGGUUGUCAUCUCUUAAAGCUGUCCUACGCUAUGGUCUCUGGUCCCUGGCAAAAAUGGAGUAUUUUAUCGGGAACUUGUUGAGUAACUUCGCUGAAAUUUAUCCUAAACUAAACGCUGGAGACGCCUUCAGCUCUGUAUCUGACCUCCUGGAUGGUAUGAGCCCUGUGUCCCGGAGCGGUGAGGUGUCCCAUGAGAUGCUGGAGUUGACCAGGGUGUCCCUCAAGGAGAAGAUGAAACAUCUCUCUAUGGCUGAUCUACUGAUCGAGGAAAUAGGAACUGUUGCCACCAAGGUUAACUACGGACAGUUUCCUGGCAUGCAUAGUUUUGUUGGAUCUGUAUCCCUAGCAGGAAUACAGGGUGGACUCUGGAGGGUACAGGGUGGGAACUACAAAAUACCAGAAUGCUUGAUUUCCAAGUCCGGAGCUAAAUUGAUAAUAGCUAAGGUAAAUACUGUUGAGAAGCUGGGAGGUGUGUACAAUCUUGGAUACACAACUGAGAAGGGGACAGAAACAGCUGAGUUUGAUAUUGUUGUGCUUGCUCUACCCCUUACUCAGGAUACGAAAAGCCUAGAGAUUGUCGGUGUACCAGGAGCAAAAAUCUUCCCUGGCAAGUACCAGAGAACCCUGGCAUAUAUCGUUCAAGGUUCGCUCAACUACACAGGUCUUGGAGUAACAGUCGAUUGGGCACAGACAGAGAACUUCUUCUUUGUCGAUGCGGCCGAACCAAUUGCAUCUAUCGGCCGUCUCACCCCCGUUGACUACAAUCCUUACUCUGACAAAGAUAUUGCAACGGUUUACAAGAUUUUCUCCAGAUUGGAAUUAAGCAAAUCGGAGAUUGGUAAAUAUUUUUCCUCUGUAAUAUCUGUGGAUACCUUGGAUUGGUUGGCUUACCCGGAUUAUUCAACAUAUCCCGGCCUUUCCAGCUUUCAGUUAGAGGACGACCUCUACUACCUGAACAAUAUUGAAUGGGCGGCCUCGGCAAUGGAAAUGUCAGCUUUAUCCGCCAGGAAUAUUGUUAAUAUUAUCAAGAGUAGACAAUCAGAGACAGUAUUAAAGAACCCGGAAAAUACUCCUCAAAAAUCUACCUCCAAGGUUGACCCCAAAGCUGAACUUUGACCUUGAAACUUUUGAAAAAGGGGACAUAUUUUUGAGAUUUUUUUAUCAUAAUGUAACUGAAUUGAUACAAUUUAAGGGUAACAUUGGGAAUAGUUUGUGACGCUUUUUAAUUAAAGUGUGAACGAGAAUUAUGUUGUUAAAUUUCUUCAACAUGCAUUUUUAUGUACUCAAACGGGCUGUGAUUAAAAUGGGAAAGUUAUUUUUUGGAUAAGAUUUUUUUUUCAAAAAGAUGAAACAAAAUGUACUUUUUCAGA